GCAGCGGGGAGGCAGGCAGAGAGGCCUUCCCAUCAGGAAACAUUUCCUGUCGCGUCUGCCGCCCAGCCUGCUUGCUGGCCGCGCAGCUGCCUACGCCCUCCAGCUCACCAAAAACAGCCUCAAAAACAACCAUUUCCUCUUGCCGAGAGACCGGGGAGACGCGAGCUCCUGCACAUGCACACGCGCUUCCCUGUGGCUGCGCUCUGCUUUCCAGGACCUGCCGUUCUUGAGAGUGGUGGGUGGCUCUGGGACCGGGCCCAGGCAGCAGAGAGGCAGCACCCCUCGCCCUGCAGCCCUCCGACGACCCCCACGGUCACUGCAGGAGAGAAGAGGCGCAUCCCUGAGCCUUGGCCUCCCGGGAAGACGGCACAACCCCAGCUCUGGAUUCUCGCGGGUGCCCGCGUCCCCGCCCCGGGAUGGGCUUUGCGGCCACAGGCCUGACCCUGCUCCAAGUGCAGGAGGGAGGCUAAGGCAGAGCUGAGAGGCGGGCUCCCUGGACGCAGCCCAUGGGCCAUCUGUCUGCCUGGCAGGGGCCCACACGUGUCACCUCCAAGAAUGAGCGGUGAUGUCCUCUAGCCGCCCCUAGCAGCGUCUCUGUCCCGCGUGGCCGGACUUGGGGCUUUCUCUGCGCUAACGGACAUCUCCGGGCGGCCAUGGCCAUCCACAAACUCGUCGCCACUGCCGUGCUGGUGGCCCUCGUCUCCCUCAUCCUCAACAACGCGGCAGCCUUCACCCCCAACUGGGUGUACCAGACGCUGGAGGACGGACGCAAGCGUAGCGUGGGGCUGUGGAAGUCCUGCUGGCUGGUGGACAGGGGCCGCGGAGGGCCGAGCCCCGGGGCCAGAGCCGGGCAGGUGGACACACGGGACUGUGAGGCCCUAGGCUGGGGCUCCGAGUCAGCAGGCUUCCAGGAGGCUCGUGGCACCGUCAAACUGCAGUUCGACAUGAUGCGAGCCUGCAACCUGGUGGCUACGGCGGCGCUGGCUGCAGGCCAGCUCACAUUCAUCCUGGGGCUGGCGGGCCUGCCCCUCCUGUCUCCGGAGUCCCAGUGCUGGGAGGAGGCCAUGGCUGCUGCUUUCCAACUGGCAAGUUUUGUCCUUGUCAUCGGACUGGUGACCUUCUACAGAAUUGGCCCGUACACCAACCUGGCCUGGUCUUGCUACCUGAACAUUGGUGCCUGCCUUCUGGCCACCCUGGCAGCUGCCAUGCUCAUCUGGAACAUUCUGCACCGGAGAGAGGACUGCAUGGCACCCCGGGUCAUCGUCAUCAGCCGCUCCCUCACAGCGCGGUUCCGGCGAGGGCUGGACAACGAUUACGUGGAGUCCCCAUGCUGAGGCCGGCGCCUGCGCAGCGCCAGUGCGUGUGGGCCGCUGAGCGACACAUGCACAUUCACUAGGCUAUGCAAGAGUAUCCUGCACGUCCCUGUCCGCUACGGGCGCCAACCACUUCCGACAUAACCUUCCUCAGCGGCGCAACUCGGCUUCCCAGCCACGCACAUUCGGGGGGUGAGCCUGGAAACAGGCAGGCAGAGGGCAGUGUGGCCGUCCUGCUCUCUCCCUCGGCUUGGGGUUAACUUACUCUGCGUUGGCCCAGAGCACCCUGGUCACAUUCCCUUAGGUAAGGCACACCAGCAGCAAGGUUCUCUUCAAGUGUCCACGGUAUCCCGCAGGGAAUCAGGAUUUACGGCCGGUGAUGGUCUCAGGACAGAACUGUGUUAGUACUGUACGUUAUCUUCCUGACUAUUUUUCUAACUUAAAAUAAAUGCAAGUAUCUUAACAUCC